AUGAUACCAGCACUCUUCGCUAAAAUAGAUAGGCCUGAUCUCACAGUCAUGGAUAUGUGUGCUGCUCCUGGUUCUAAGACAUGUCAGAUGAUAGAGUCUUUGAGUAACACCAGCAAUAACAGCAGCAGCAGUAGUUCAUCAUGCUCUCCUGAGUUCUCCAUCCCAGAGGGCUUAGUGCUUGCUAAUGAUAUAGAAUGGAAGCGGGCCAAUAUGCUAGCCCAUCAAGUCCUGCGAUUGAACUCUCCUGCUUCUGGAGUUGUCAAUUUCGAUGCAUCCUGUUUCCCAGUACUCUGGGACGAGGAAGGGAAGCAGGUCCUCUUCGAUAGAGUUCUUUGUGAUGUCCCAUGCACAAGUGAUGGUACUAUGCGUAAGAACCCUGACAUCUGGAGGGAGUGGAAGACUGGCAACAGCAUUGCUAUCCAUCAUAGGCAGUUCCGUAUCUUACUCCGGGGAUUGGAGCUCGCCAAGCCUGGCGGUAGAGUGGUAUACUCAACCUGUAGUCUUAAUCCCAUCGAGGACGAGGCAGUGGUUGCUGCUGCCCUGGCCAACUUCAAUGGCAAAGUGAAGUUGGUUGCGGGACCAGCCGUUGGUAAUGCUACUUAUAGUAUCGCUGCUCCUCGUGGAGAGAUGUAUUCAGGCGGACGACCUGGCCUAUCAACCUGGACUGUUUCCCCACCUGGUGAUGCCGCUACCCAUAUUGAUAAAUAUGAGGAUACUCCUGAUCAAUAUAAAAAGAAGAUGUUAUCCAGCAUGUGGCCUCCUACUGACGAUUCCAUCAAGGCCCAACUACAUCAUUGCCGACGCUUCUUCCCUCAUGAUAUCAAUGCGGGAGGCUUCUUCGUAGCAGCUUUUGAGAAGGUGUCUGACGACGCUGUCGAUUCUAAUGAGGAGUCAGCAGCCACUGACAAGCCUGCUGCCGAGCAGCGUCGUGGAGGCCGGCCUGUUGCCGUUGAUGCCAAGCCCAUUUGUAAGGAGUACUACCCGUGCCCGAAAGAGUCCCUGGAUACCAUACGAGAGUUCUAUGGCAUUACCGAGGAUAUGCUGCCUAGCGAGCUACUCUGGUGUAGGAAGGAUCAGCCUAAGAAGGUGUUCCUUCUCAGUAAGGCAGCGAUGAAGAUGGUGAAGGCCAAGACGAGAUCACCCUUCCGAGUAGCUAAUCUGGGUGUACGCGCCUUCCAAUUGGUGGAAAUUAAGCAUCCCAAGGAUGAGAACGCUAUAAAGGGACCUCCUAAUUGGCGUAUUGGACAAGAUGGUGCCCCUGCUCUUCUACCAUUAUUAAAUAGAGUUGCUGAGGAUAAGAGGCAAGUGAUCGAGAUACCUAGCCUCGAGGCUCUAGCCCAGUUACUCGAUAGGAAAGAAGCAACUUUAGAGGAACUAGGAUGUGGUGAUAAGAAGACGAUGAAGCCAGGUGGGGUGAUAGCCACACUGCCCUCUUCUUUUGCUGUCCAUGGCGGUACUGUGGCCGUAGCCUGUAUGCUAGCCCAGAGUGGCAAGGUCCAAUGCUAUAUGGACAAGCUCCAAGCUGGAGCAUUACUACAAGCAGUGAGGGAUGCUAUAAAGAAGGCUUCUCAAGGGGAUGUACAGCAGAAAUGAGCUUAAUCUACCAACUAGUCCUAGUGGCUACUGACG